UCAAGCGGCUCCGUCGAUGAGUUGAACCGCGGCCAUGAGAUUUCGCGCUGCUCAGGAGGAGGCAUUUUCGAGACUCCUCCUGAUGCGCGCAUGGGCCUCCGUUUGAUGAGAUGCAGGAAGCCAGCUCUCAGGUUCCAUCUCAGGGAAGCUUGCCGCUAGAGGAGGAAGGAGGCCUGUUGCCGCCAGCACCCAGCAAGCGCGUGGCCAAGCAGCUGGUCAAAACUAGGUUCUGCAAACAUUUUCUGAGAGGAUACUGCAGAUAUCAGGACAACUGCGGUUAUGCACACUACAACGAGGAGCUCCAACCGCGCCCGAACUUGUCAAAGACCAAGAUUUGCAUGAGCUUUUUGGCGGGCAACUGCCAAAAUGAUCAAUGCAGCUACGCCCAUGGUUUGACGGAGCUCAGGGAGGACAACUGCGGUUAUGCACACUACAACGAGGAGCUCCAACCGCGCCCGAACUUGUCAAAGACCAAGAUUUGCAUGAGCUUUUUGGCGGGCAACUGCCAAAAUGAUCAAUGCAGCUACGCCCAUGGUUUGACGGAGCUCAGGGAGGCUCAGAAGGAACGGGGGCAGGACAUGCAGGUCCCUGGCGACCCAGAGGCACUUCAGCGUUUGCAGAGUCAGCAGCUGCAGUCCAUGCAGUUUCCGAAGCAAUUGCCCUCUGGUGGUGCUCAGCUUGCACCGCCUUCGGGCCCCAUGGCUCCGCAGCAACAGCAGCAGCAAAUGGAACAACAGCUGCACCUGCAGCAAAUGCAGCAGCGGCUGCAGCAGAGGUUGGACCAGUUGCAGCACUUGCAACAGCAGCAGCAACAGCAAUCGCAACAGCAAGUGCAACAGCAGGCGCAACAGCAACAGCAGCAACAGCAAGUGCAACAGCAGGCGCAACAGCAACAGCAGCAACAGCAAGUGCAACAGCAGGCGCAACAGCAACAGCAGCAACAGCAAUUUCAACUACAACAGUUGCAACAGCAACAGUUGCAGCAACAACAGCAGUUGCAGCAACAACAGCAGUUGCAGCAACAACAGCAACAGCAACAAUUACAGCAGGAACUUUUUCUGCAGCAACAGCAGCAGUUGCAGUGCGCUGUACCAUCCAUGGGAGUGCAAGCGGUACCUGUGCAAGCGGUGCAAGCGGUGCAAGCGGUGCAAGGAGUGGCGCCUACAGUGCCCAUGCCGCAGCUGCAGCCACCACCCCAGAUAUCCCAGACCCAGUUUCCUCCAAUGCCAUUGCCUGGUUCUAUGGCCGCAGUGGCCCCAGCUUCGGCAGCCAUGGCACCUGCCAUGGGACUGCCAAGGGCGCAUGGGGAGCCCAUGUCGUCGCUCCAGCAAGAGUCAGACCUGCAGGAGCCGGUCGAUGGCGCUGCAGCUGCCUUGCCCGCGCUGGGAGCGGACAUGCCAGUGCUGGCGUCGCUGGAGGAGGUGGUGCAGAAGGUGGCCAAAGAGGCAGCAGCGAAGAUCAUCACCCAAGAGCUGGGCAACAGGAUGGCCGUUGGUCCAGCUGUUCCGCCGGAGGCACCCUCUCGGCAGCGUGGAAUGCUGCCUGCCGAGGCCACGUUGCUGCUUCAAGGGCGAUCGCAACAGCAAGAGCCCGUGGAGGACAUGCUCCUGUUCAACGAGGCUGCAGCUGAGAUCUUCCAGCUACUAUUGGAGGAGGAGCAACAAGAGAAGCGCUUGGGGCAGGAUACUGCGCCAGGUUGGUCCAGCAUGAGGUGGGCCACGCUGUCCAUGCGACUGCUUGCAAUGAGGCAUCAAUUCUCUUUGCGGGAGGGCAAGUGCUUGCUUGCCAUUUGCAGAAAAGAGUCUUUGAGCCUGGCUGAGGAGCAGCUGGUGGAACUCAUCCUGCUGGGCGACCCACUGUGGAUCUCCACCUUCCCGUGGCUGAAGCGACGCUGUAUGCAACUGCUGGCGCAGCGUUUGGAGGAAAACUUGCCUGCCGAAACAACGAGGCACUCCAAGAUUGGCGUCGCUCCAGGCACUUCCCUGGGCUCCAAGAGCAUCGCAGAGAGGAGGAGCCACCAAGAUGGUGUUGUGGUGAGUAGUCUGUACUCACGGAGAAACUUCGAGGUUCCUGUCGGCUCUUCGCGCACCAUGCAAGAGCUGCCGCCUCUGUAUCACGCCAGUAUCAGAGCCUUCUACACCCAUUCUGCAGAUGCGCUUCCACCUCCACCGGGAUUGUGUCGGUCAGAGGACGAGGACGAAGAUGAAGAUGACUGAGGGAAUACUACAAGUUUCGAUUUGUGUACUAGUUUUGCCUUUAUUAAGCUCACUCCCAGAGGAGUGAAAGGACUUCUUCAGGAUGCUCUUUCCAUGCAUCCGUCCUACACGCUCGUUUGUUUAUGACGGCUUUAGAAACUUCAAUUCCAGCGUUUUUUUCACAAUUUCAAUCACGCCGCAGGAACCCGCAUCGGCAGACAGUUUGACC